AGAUACACUACCCAUGCCCUUACGUACCGUUCAAUGGGCUGGCACUGCACAAACCUUGUACGCGCGCCGCUUGAGCCUGCCUGAUUGGCCCUACUUACGCCCUCUUUAUGGUUGUCUCGUCCUGAUCAACCGCCCAGCACUCACCGGCAGCUAGUGUCUUACUGCAUCCUUAUCGGGCAUGCUGUCGGCCCACCGCUACUCUCGCUGAGCUCAGUAGAAGGUCGUUUGUUACCUCGAUUCUGAUUAAUCGACGUUACAGAGCCUAGUCACCAUACAAGUAACAAGACCAGCGGAAUGUCGUGGGCUUUGGUCGACUUUAGCUGUGUCCGAUACUCUCCCGUAGAGGGCACACACUACUUCCACGACCCCGCAUAUCCCUCCUCGAUACAGUUCCUCCUCUCUGGCCGCUGGGAGCCCUGGGACGUUAGCUAUGUCAAGUACAAGGCUCGGGAUCCAGACAUUCGACGCGUUGCUGAGGAAGCCGAGACGCGACUCGCUCGGGAUCCAUAUUCCAAAUAUUCUCCGUGGCCGUCUCCACCUCCUUCAACGGGUCCGCCACCACUGACUACACCCUAUCCUCACAGCCAACUUCCACCAGCACUAAUCAAGCAACCUGUGGCCGAUCUGGUGACUCCUUCGCCAUCUACUGUGGCUGAUCAUGCCGUUUCAGCGUCGCCGCGCGACCACAGUACACCUCCGUUACCAAAUACUUCUACUAGUUAUGCAUCUCCUUAUGGAAGUCGGUCUGUAGUACACGAUAGUCUAAAUCAGGCUCCUGCUGGUCCUCCAAACUUCGUUCCGCUUGCUCCGAUACACAGCAGCCAUGCGAGCCACUCAAAUGGUCACCCCUCACCUCCUCAACAUGCUGACAUUCCAUGUGAUCCCACGCUUCGGGAUCCAUCAUCAAAACCAAUGCUACCAGCCCAGACAAUUCUCUCGCGCACUAGAGAAACUAAGAUCCUACUCUCAAUCGACGGCGACGGUAUCAGAGGACUUUCUGCCUUACUCUUGGUUGAAUCACUUGUCAAUGCAAUCUGUGUCAAGGUCGGGCAGCGCUUAGACAGUCACCAAAUCUUUGACCUGACAGGAGGAUGCUCUCUAGGAGGGAUUAUAGCCAUUAUGCUGUGCCGGCUUCGGAUGCAAGCCCACCGAGCUAGGGAAGCCUAUAAACAGAUUGCGAAGCAGGUCUUUGCAAACAAGAGGGACUACUUCAAGUACUUGGAUCCACAUACACAAGUGCGAAGUGUUGAUGAUAGUGCGUUGGAAGAUGCGAUCAAGAGUGUUAUCCGACAGGAGCUGGGCAACCCAGAUGAGAUACUGCUCGACGGACGACCGGAUUCGGGCGAUGUAUUUGCCAUUACAACACAAAUGGAUAUCGGCACCAACCGAGCAGCACUAAUACGUUCAUACCAAACACGGCGCAUCACAGGCCCAGAUCUGGAACCAGACAUGCCCAUAUGGCAAACAAUGAAAGCCACUUCAGCAGCCCCGAGAUAUAUACAAUCCGAAAAAGCCGUUCCACAACGCUUCGUAAUAGAAAAAGGCCUAGUCGACCACGGCACCACCAAGAACAACCCUGUCCGCGACAUCCUCUACGAAUGCCGCAAGCUCUUCCGCUACGCUAACGAUAUGAUGAUCAUCGUCUCCGUCGGCACAGGCGUCGGCCUCGACCGCAGCCGCGAAAUCCCCGAAAUGGCGAAUAGCGUUGAAGACCGCAAGGCCGAAGCCCGUGGCUGGGGCGAGCGCUUCGAAGCCGACCACGCCGCUCUCAUCGAACGCAACUGGAUGAAGUAUUUCCGCUUCGAUGUCACGGGUCUCGAAGAUGUUCCACUGGAAGAAUGGAGUCAUGAGGAUAUCAUCAAGGAGAAGACAUCUGCCUAUCUUGCUCAACCGGAUGUAUGUCAGAGGUUUUAUGCCUGUGUUGAUGCUAUUGCUGCUUUACUGCUGGGUCCCCAAGGUCGGUAGUACCUUGGAGAAAGAGAGAGGGAUAAAGAGAAAUGCGAUCUUGUACUGGGUGGAUUAGUUUUUUUUUUCUCAAAAAAGCAAAUCGGUGGUUGUCAGUGUCGGUAUCUUAUCAAGAUAUCUAACUUUUAUGUAUUUUUUCGGACAAGUCGAAUGUUUGUUUGUUUUUGGUUUAGAGAUGCCUUCUUAUGAUAAUUCAUCUUAAUUUCACGCUGUAAA